AUGAUUACUACACUGGUCUCUUUGAUUGCCUUGGUCGGAUCGAUCCUGGCGGCGCCUGACUCUCACAUCAUUGGGGGUUCCGAUGCUGACAUCGCCGACUACCCGUACCAGUGUUCUCUGCGUUACUCCGGCUCCCACACGUGUGGGUGCGUCAUCCUCUCCGCCAGCAAGAUCCUCACCGCAGCCCACUGCGUCGACGGACGGGAAGCUUCGCGUUUUUCUGUAAUAGCUGGACAAACGGAUCGUACAGUGGGGCAAGACAUAUCGAUUACAGGUUUUGCUAUGCAUCCAAACUACAACAACGGCGAUUACACAUUCUACAACGACGUAGCCACAGCCACGUUGUCAGCGCCUGUGGAUUUGAAUAACCCAAACAUUCAGGUGGCAGACCUCGCAAAGCCCGGAGAUGGGAACUUCGCAGGAGAUGAAUGUUCGAACACUCUACCGGAGACAUUACAACAGACGCAGAUGCCCGCCUUAGUAAGCAGUUCCUGCGAGAAUACUAUGAAUGCUAUGGGUGGAAAGAUCGGCCCAGGUCACAUUUGCUUCAGUAGUUCCGGCACUGGUGCAUGCAAUGGCGACUCUGGUGGUCCAGCGAGGUGCAACAACAAGGUUUCCGGGGUUGCAUCCUGGGUUGUGUCGUCAGGCGGAAACUGCAUGGUCACCUACCCGAGCGUUUACGCGAGAGUCAGCGAAUACUACGACUGGAUCACCGCGUAA